AGUGAGUAGAGCGUCUGCCUCAUGUAGGCUGAGUACUCUGCAGCAGCCCAGGGUUCAACUCCAGCUUACAGCCCCUUGUUGUGUGUCAUCCCUCUUCUCUCUCCCCCUUUCCUGUCACUCUCUGACUUUACUAUAAUAAAAGUCCAAAAAAAAAUCUUUAAAAAAGUACACACCAUAUUUCUUCCCAUAGAGUUGCCCACACCUUUGAAAAAGCGACGGUUGAGUCCAUUAGACGCCUGCAUGUCCGAGAGCUCGACACCCUACGGCUCCCCUUGUGCCACGCCCACCAGGGCAGACCAAUCGGAGACACCCGCAACCCCCGCCUUACUGGCCACCCCACCGCGUCCCCGAACAGAGGAGCCGAGCACAGAGCCCCCGCCCAGCACCCCAACACAGACACUUAACGCCCCUCAGGAGAGUGAAUCUUCAGUGGAAAGCUCACCAGAGGUCAGCCGGAAACCCAGCGUGCAAGAGGCCGAUCGUCCUCCUUCGUUGGUCUCCUCUCCGUGCGUCAGGGCUCCCAGUACAGAUGGACUCCCGACAGAAGCCAAGGCGUCAGUCCCUGAGAGUCCACAGCCUCCAGCUGCUGAGUCUGUGGACUGUGGAGACGACAGGGCAGACGGCGUGGUCGUAGAAGGCGGUAGUGAAGCUUCCUCAUCAGCAGAAACGUGUGCUUCCUCUUUUCCUGGCUGGAUAAAAAGCCCAGACAGAGGCCCGACUGGACCAGCUGGCCUGAACUUCUCUCCAGUCAACUCAAACUUACGGGACCUCACACCCUCACACACUCUGGAGCCUCUGGCAGCUCCCUUCAGGCCCGACGCUGCAGCCGGGGCUGCAGCAGGCGCCGCAGCAGCGACGGGGUCAUUGGUUGGCUCUCAGGCGCCCUUCAGCGAAGGCCAGGGGCAACUCUUUUACCCCUGCUCCGAGGAGGGGGGUUCACUCGGCUUCUCUCGCUCUCUCAACGGGGAUGGUUCUGGUGAGGGAGGAGGAUCGGCGCAGAAUCCACCACAGAAGAAAAAGGUUUCCCUGCUAGAAUACAGGAAGCGUCAGCGCGAAGCUCGACGCAGUGGCUCCAAGACCGAGUGCAGCUCUCCUGUUUCCACCGUGCCACCUCUGAGCAUGGACGCCUUCCCCGUCGUUGCGCUAGAGACCACCAGUGAACCUCCUCUGCCCCCGGCUCCCGCUCCUCUCUGCAACACCAACAGCAGCGCUGUUAAAGAGCCGCAGACGAGUGAGGAGGCAGAGGCGGCCGGAGAGAAAGGCGAGAAGGAAGGAGGAGAAGGACAGUGGUAUGUAUUAAAAAUACUUUAACUUUAAACAUGAAGA